CAGACAGAGCUAAUCACACACCGAGCGGCCGCCGCCGCCAACAAGCCGGAGAAACCGUAAGGAACCACCGGCUAACGGAGGAGCUGAACCGAGCAGUGUAACGACAGGAUGGUCGGUUUACAGUUAACGGAGUGACGUCACCAGUGUUUUACAUACAGACCACGGUCUCAGUGAUGCUGCAGCUCCCCUUGGUGGUGACGGCUCAGGUGGACCUGGUCCUGCUGCUGGUCUCCCUGCUGGCCCUCUGGACCAGACUGAGCCACCUCAGCUACCCCAACGCUGUGGUGUUUGAUGAGGUGUAUUACGGUCAGUUUGUCUCUCUCUACAUGAAGAAAGUUUUCUUCAUCGAUGACAGUGGACCACCGCUCGGUCACAUGAUCCUUGCCCUUGGAGCCUACCUGGGAGGAUUUGAUGGAAACUUUGUGUGGAACAGAAUUGGUGCAGAGUAUCCCAGCAACGUGAGUGUGUGGUGUCUGCGGUUGAUGCCGGCUCUGUGUGGAGCUCUCUGUGUUCCUCUGGUGUACCUGUUGACUCUGGAGCUGAGGUUCUCUCACCUGUCGGCUCUGGGAGCUGCACUGCUAGUGCUGCUGGAGAACUCUCUGAUCGUCCAAUCACGUUUCAUGUUACUGGAGUCUGUUCUCAUCUUCUUCGUGUUGUUGGCCUUCUUCUCCUACCUGCGUUUCCACAACGCUCCCGGCAGCUCCUGGUUCAGGUACAGCUGGCUGCUCCUCUCCGGAGCCUCCUGUGCUGCUUCCGUCGGGGUGAAGUACAUGGGACUGUUCUCCUACCUGCUGCUGCUGGGCGUGGCCUCUCUGCACACCUGGAACCUGAUUGGAGACCGAACUGUCAGUCAUCUCAGUGUGUGUAUGCAGUGUGUGUGUAGGUUUGUGUGUCUGCUGGUGAUUCCUGUCCUGCUCUAUGUGUUCUGGUUCUACCUUCAUCUGAGUCUCCUGAACCGCAGCGGACCACAUGACCAACUGAUGAGCUCCGCCUUCCAGGCCAGCCUGCAGGGCGGUCUCUCCAGGAUCACUCAGGGUCAGCCCCUGGAAGUCGCCUACGGCAGUCAGGUGACUUUAAGAAGCGCCGCCUCUCAGCCAAUCCCCUGCUGGCUCCACUCGCACAAAGCCAACUACCCAAUCAGGUAUGAAAGUGGGCGGGGCAGCUCCCAUCAGCAGCAGGUCACCUGUUAUCCCUUCAAAGAUGUCAACAACUGGUGGAUCAUCAAAGACCCUGGCAGACAGGAGCUGGUGGUCAGCAGUCCUCCUCGACCUGUCCGUCAUGGUGAUGUCAUCCAGCUGGUUCACGGGAUGACCUCUCGCUUCCUCAACAGCCAUGAUGUAGCAGCUCCCAUGAGUCCUCACGCUCAGGAAGUCUCAGGUUACAUCGACUUCAACAUUUCCAUGCCGGCGCAGAACCUGUGGAGAGUGGAUAUCUCUAACAGGGAGACGGAGUCAGAGGUUUGGAAGACGAUCCUGUCUGAGAUUCGAUUGGUCCAUGUCAACACCUCAGCUGUCCUCAAGCUGAGUGGUGUGUCUCUUCCAGACUGGGGUUUCCGUCAGUUGGAAGUCGUAGCAGAGAAACUGUUCAAAGCUCACAGCAGCAGUUUGGGCUGGACAGUGGAGGAACACCGAUAUGGAACCAGUCAGGAGCAGAAGGAGAGGGAGGCGGAGCUCCAUUCUCCGAGUCACAUCGACGUUGACAGAAAAAUUUCCUUCUGGGCGAAAUUUUUAGAACUACAGUGGAAGAUGCUGACGGUGAAACAGGAAGACUCUGAACACAAAUACAGCUCCUCCCCCUUGGAGUGGAUCACCAUGGAAACCAACAUCGCAUACUGGCUGCACUCGUCCACCAAUGCUCAGAUCCAUCUGAUUGGUAACCCGGUGUCCUGGGGCGUGGCCAACCUCAGCCUGCUGGCCUAUCAGCUGCUGGCAGCCGUCUACCUGCUGAGGAGGAGGCGGGGCUUCAAAGACCUACCUGAUGGUGUGUGGAGUCAGUUUGUGUGUCUGGGCUGUGUGUGUGUAGGUGGGUGGCUGGUGAACUUUAUUCCCUUCCUGCUGAUGGAGAAAACGCUCUUCCUGUAUCACUACCUGCCAGCCCUCUGCUACCUGUACCUGCUGAGCCCCGCCCUGCUGGAGCACACACACACUCACCUGCUCAGCAGUGUGACACACCGGCGAGCGCUGUGCGUGUGUGUGUCGGCAGUGUGUUUGUCGGUCUUCCUGUCGUAUCGAGCCUUCUGCCCUCUGACCUACGGCAGCCCUGAGCUCUCAGCCAAUCAGCUUCAAGGACUCAAGUGGAGAGAAACCUGGGACAUCCUGUACCGCCGCCGCUAAAGACACUGGGAGAGAGAGACAGGUGGACAAAUAGGUGUCUCUGUGUGGGACAGGGUGCGUUUGUUUUCCUCAUCGCGGUGAGGUGAACUGAAGCAGUUUAUGAGCUGAGGAGAAGCACCUGAAUGCGCCGACAGGCGUGUCUAUGUGAGGUCAUGUUGGAGGCGGAGCUUCAGUCCUCUGACCUCAUUGUGAAGCCUUGAUGAUGUAACAGUGAUGAUUGACAGGUGACAGAAACAUGUCUGGAAAUAAAAACUGCUGCUCAUUGGUUUAUUGUGAAGUUUCAGUGUAAAAGUACAAAAUAAAAACUCAUGAACAGUU